AAAAUGGGAAAAAAAUGCUUAGUAGUAGAUUUUUGUUUUGAUGUGUUUUCCACUAUUUUUCAAUUUAUGUUUAUUAAUAUUGAACAAAGCAUAUUUCCUGGGGAAAAGCAUCUGCAAAAGAGCAUCUUUUCUUCAUCUUCUCUUUUUAAAAUUUGAAGAAAGGCACAAUAAAACCCUAAAUAAAAUUCCCCCCAUUUACCAGCUGCCUCAUUUUUGUUCGAUUCUCCUUCCGCCGAGUAAAACGCCGUUACUGAAUCAUGAGGGGACGCAAACGCGCCGCUGUUUCCGAAUCGUUUCCCGAAGCCAACCAAUCUCCCUUGGGUGCAAAUGCAGCUGAAGAAUCAUCCUGAUGAACUCUGGGAAAAUGGGAUGAAUGACUACAUUAGCCAUGCUUCCAACAUUCUGGAAAAGUUUAAAGAUGUUGUCAACUGGCUAAAACAAAGUAAGGGAAGGGGGGAUAAUGUAUCCCCUGAAUCUACUGGAGCAGAGAAGAAACAGGUGGGUGAAGUCGAGAAUAACUACGUUAAACCAGCUUCAAAUAACAGCCUCUUUGCUUCAAACACUCAACCUGGCAUCUUCUCCACCAAUCAAUCUUCCAAUUUUUCCAGCAGUCCAUUUGGUUUAGCAUCCAAUAGUCAAACUGGAUCUUUUAGUAGUGGCCAGUUUGGUCUAGCCAAAAGCAAUAGCCAACCUUCUUUCUCAUUUUCUAAUAAUCAAAAUCCUUUUUCAUCCGGAGUUACUCCAGUUUCCAUACCUACAAAGCGGGAUUCCCCAGAAGAUGCAGACGGUGAAGAUGAAGAACCUCAACCGAGCAGCCCAUCUGUCAGAAAGACCGAAGAGAAGGGUGUUACUGUGGUCCAUGAAGUCAAAUGCAAACUUUAUGUCAAGUCAAAGACCCAACAGAUAAAGGUGCAUGGAAAGAUAAAGGAGCUGGGAAUCUCUGCAUAAAAUGCAAAGAAGGCGUCGACAAGGGGACAAAAGAAUCUAAACCCACAAUCCUUGUCCGAAACGAUGUCGGGAAGCUGCUUCUUAAUGCUCUACUGUACGCUGGAAUCAAGACGAGUGCACAGAAGAACGCACUUGUUGCAAUAUUUCACUCCUCGGAGGAUUCCAACGAGAAUGUAACACCUAGAACCUUUCUGAUAAGGACAAAGACAGCAGAGGCUAGGGAUAAGUUAGCAACAGCCAUCCAAGAAUACGCACCUUCUUCAUAAAAAUGCCCUAACCCUUUUUAUAUCUUGUGGAGCCAUCCACUAUAUUUUUGUUCUCCCUUGAUCUGUAAUACUAGAACUGGUCUUAAGAUUAACACAAGGCUUGAUAAGGGGAUGAUAAGAUUGUUGUAUUGAUUGAGAGAAAGAGCCAAAGUUACUUAAAUUUAUAUACAUUAACUUAUGAAAUUUGAUCAUAAUUUUUUUGGAUUGAUAUAAAUUUUCAUGAA